CGAAUUACACCACACAACAACUUCAGCCGUCAUUUAGAAAUGUUCUUUGCAUCAGUAGUGCGCGGAUUGAGAAAAGUGCUUCAAUUUAUGUGCAUUAUUGUGAUGAAUGUAAAAUCUUAAGUGCAUGGUUUUAUGCAUUUUAUGUGCGCCUCCAAAACCGUUGAAAGCAGCUUCUGAAACGGUAUUAUUCUGCCCUAAAAGAGGGCGCAUCUCGAACGGAUGACAUUUGUCUUGGAAGCGACCUUACAAAGGCUGCGAAAUCUUGUUUACGUUUGUAACUGGAGUAGCGACAAUAUCGGCGGGGAAAGUUUUGAAUACUUCGACAACGAACAAAUUGCAAUUGUUUUUCCAGUUCUCUAAUCACAUCGCCCGCAAUGUCGCACACAUUGAACGUACAAUGGAUCUCGGAGGACGGAGAUGAAAUCCAAGUAAAGGAGGAAGAUGUUGUUUACGAGGAUAUCGAAUAUAUUGAAGAAUAUUCGCUCGAUGAACCAAACACAUCCGAGGGUGCCAUUUCGGCGAAUGAAGAAAACAACGAAUUUGUGACAAAAAUUGAAACCAUCGAUAGUGCGGUGGAUGUGCUACAGAAUGCCGUAUGGUCUAUCCAACCCCCAGCACGGACCGGUACAAUGGGACGCAAACUGGCACAUCCACGUUCCGUUCCGAUUGGUUUGGCAAAGUCAGCGAAAGGAUUUGCCGAAUGUUUGUCGCUUUUUCUCGAUGCUGACGUGAUCGCCAUGAUCACCGAAUACACCAACGAACAGAUAAAGGCUGAACAGGCCAAUUACGCCCGCGAGCGUGAUGCAAAUUUGACAGACGAAACGGAAAUUAGAGCCUUGCUGGGUAUCCUGUUUAUUGCCGGAACGGUGCGCGAUGGACGAGAAAACAUUGAGUAUCUGUUCGACAGUAAAAUGGGCACCGGUUUAGAAGCCGUCUAUCUCACCAUGAGCUCACUCAGGUACCACUUUCUUAUUCGGAACGUACGCUUCGAUGAUCCGUCAGCGGCAUUAGACGAAACGGAAGGCGAUAAGCUAGCACCGAUAAGAGAGGUUUACGAACGAAUUGUAAGCAAUUGCCAGAAAUAUGUCCGACCCGGUCGUUUCCUUAUGUUGGAUGAGCAGACGGUACAGUUUAAAGGGAAAUGUGAUUUCCGCCAAUUUCUCAUGAACGUCCCGGGGAGGUCAGGAUUUAAAUUUCAUCUUUUAGCGGACUGUGAAACAUCGUACGUAAGCAAUUUGGAGAUGUGUGUACCUGACAAUCGCAAUCCGUACAAUUUAAGCUAUGCAUCGAUCGAUGUUGCUAUGCGAUUGACGGAACCGAUACAGGGCAAACAGAAAACGGUCAUACUCGGUCCAACAUUUACGUCGCCCGAGCUAAUCAAGAAGCUACACGAGAGCCGAACGAUGGUAAUAGGUGAGGUGAAGAAAUCGUAUCCAGACAUUCCGAAAGCAUUCGCCUCGAACAAGGGACGUCCGGAGCAUAGCACGCUGGCUGCAUAUCACGACACAGUGACACUCGUAUCGUACGUCACUAGACGGAAAGAACUGACGUUGCUCAUGUCCUCGUUCACAGAGGCCGAUCCCGAAGAGAGCGAAGAGUCUGAUGAAAAUCAAAAACAAAACCAACACUUUCAGCUGGUAGAGCUUUACAAUCGGAACAAAGCCACCGUACAUAGUAUCCAGCAGAUGUGCACCAUGUAUGACGUUGUGCGAAGCACACGCCGAUGGCCAAUGGUUGUGUUUUUCAACCUGAUGAACUUGAGCGCAAUCAAUGCGUGGUGUAUCUAUCAGUUAAACAAUCCAGGGGAGAGCAAAAUAAGCCGUCGAGAUUUCUUGGUCAACAUGUCACUCGAGCUGCUACGCCCACAGGCUCGGAGGCGCUUGGACAACAAAACGAUUGCACGUACAUUGAAACAGCGUAUAGCCACGUUUCUAGGGCUUAACCGGGAAGAGUACGAAACCGUACCGGUGUUCGAAAAUCGGCCAGAUUCGCGGGGCCGUUGCUACUUGUGCAGCAGGGCACGCAAUAAAAGCACCCGCAUGUCGUGCCAUAAUUGUGGCAAAUUCACCUGCAACGCACAUUGUGCACAUUUGUGUCGUACGUGCUAUAUGGAGGAUGGUGCGGAAGAACAGUAAAUAAAGCGAGGCGGGAACUAACUGCUAUUUCCAUUCCAACACGUUGUACAAAUUAUUUCCAAAGGCUUUAGACGGUUCAUCUUUUUCUUAGUGUAUCGAUGUACUAGGUCAAGCUUGUCAUAACAGGCUUACAAGACUUAAUUUCAUCACGUAUCCGGAUGGUUAGUCUUAUGAUACGAAGGAACGAUUCUAAUGAGAUUUAGUAUCAGUCCUGCGAAGCGGGGACUAACUGCUAUUUCCAUUCCAAACGUUGUACAAAUUAUUUCCAAAGGCUUUAGACGAUUCAUCUUUUUCUUAGGGUAUCGAUGUACUCAAGGUCAAGCUUGCCAUAACAUCCUUACAAGACUUAAUUUCAUCACGUAUCCCGAUUGUUAGUCUUAUGAUACGAAGAAACGAUUCUAAUGAGAUUUAGUAUCAGUCCUGUCGUGUGUUAUACCGGCAACCACAACA